AUGCCCACCCGUGCGGGUGGGCACUCAUGUCUGUGGCUGGCCGUCUGGGCCGUCCUGUGGGCGGGCAGCGACGAAAUUGAGGUGGACGGCACACUGGCCCGUGCAGAAGCCCUGGGGGCAACCAAGUUUGCUGGCGAGACGGACGGCACCGCGUUCGUGGAGACCGUCCGCGAAGUGGGCACGUCCUUGGAGCUGUGGAAGGCGUUCAGGGAUGGCGGUGUGGAGACGAUACUGGUGACCAAGGACUUGUUCCUGCGUCGGAACGUGUGGCCCGGGGACGACCAUCACAGGAGGCACGCCGUGCGGCUGCGGCGGAACGUCACGCUGGAGGCCCACCCCUCCUGGUCGGGCCGCUUGCCGCGAGUGGACGUCGACUUCAUGCGGUUCCGGGUUACUCCCGACAAGGGCUAUGUACUGAAGGUGCGCCGGCUGCAGUUCAUCCACGCGGUGAAGAACGCCAAAGACAAGGAGCUGUUGCUGUCGGUGCCGUUCUUCUCCCAGCUGAAAGAGUCGACCCUCGUGCUGGAGGGGGUGGUGUCUGAUGUUGCCGUGGGGCACUCGUCGCCGUUGGGGGACGUGCUGGAGCUGGAGGGCAAGGUCAGACCAGCGGGGUUGCAGGAAGUGGGGAAUCGACUGCGGCUGGUGGGGGACGAGCAUUGCCGGGUUGAGUGGGGCGUGGCCUGCCCUGGGGGGGCCUUGUCGGUCGAGAACUUCGCCAGUGUGGUGCAGAUCAACAUGCAGUGGGAGGGCACGAUUAAGAGUUAUGACGCAACUCUGGUGGUCAGGAACAGCCUGAUGGUGGGGAUAAACGUGGACGACCGCAAGUUUUUCAGCACAGAGGAUAUCUCAAAGAAGAGGACGUUUGUGGCAGACAACCUGUUCGAGCUAUUCAAGGCCAUGAUGGACCCCGAGGUGGUGAUGGUGUACCUGUUCAAUGACAUGGUCUUCGAUAUGUCGUCCUGGCCCAACCACCAUGGCCAUCUGAUCAGAACCUGCAGCUUGGACAGAGACAUCGUCAUAACAACGCACCCCACGAGCUCAGGCUUGGCUGAGUUCGACUUCAACCUUGCAGAGAGCGGGAUAGCUGUGACAAGGAAUGCAACCCUUGUUCUGAAGGAUGUACUCCUCACUAGGACGUCUAGGAACCCAAAUCACACGCUCACCCUGCCUUUUUUCGACUUGGAGCAGGGGACCAGGCUGCUUUUGGAUGGGGUGGUUGCGCACACACCCAUCCCCACCACAGAUCAACAGUAUAUUUUGUCCUUUGUGGACACCUUGAAGGACAGAAGUGCAGGCUCGCCAUCCCACUCAAUCAAGUACCAUGACGACUCCCAGUGCAGAGAAAUCGUCCAGGGGCUUGGUAGCAGGAAUGUCACGUGUGAUGGUGGAUUCUGGGUGACGUCCAUGUUGGGCAGCUCGUCUGACGUCGGUCUGCGCAUACCACCUGAGGAUCUGGCCGCUGACAUGCCAGGGCUGGUGGUAGUCAACAAUUCUUUCUUUUCGGUGCUGGAUCUUCAAAAGCGGGAGAUCAAGAGCGCAGAGGAGCGGCUGCGGCAGGAGAAGGGGAUUGCAAUAGUCAGCAAGGAAGGGGAGCUUCGGAAAGCACUGAAGGACGCUACAGUCAAGACUGUCUGGUUGAGAAACAACAUGAACCUGACAAGAAAGGCAUGGGGCAGCAGCCAGAAUGGAGGUUUGAUGAUUGUUGAUAGGGAUGUGAGGAUACAAUCGCACCCUAACACAGCCUAUGCACUUGCCAUCGACCUGAAUUUCAUGGUCGGACGGGUGUCAGCAGGGGAAGGCCAGAGGCUGGAACUGGUCAGACUGAAUCUCACGCGCGUUUCAAGGGAAGGUCGGCAUCUUCAUUUUGUGCCCUUCUUCUCCUGGCAGCACAACAGCACACUGAAUUUCAAGCAGGUUCUGUCACAGAUGGCAAUCGAACCGAGCAAAUUUGGACCCUUAAACCACAAGUAUGCUCGUAUGUUCGCUGCCAGUGAUGGGCUCAACAAGACAGUGCCUGAAGUCAUCAAUGAUGCUAUGUGCAAGAAGAUGGCCUCAACAGAUUGUCAAGACCGUGCCCUGUACAUUGUUGAAGUGCUGCAACAGAUCAGCGUCUGCAGACAGAGUCUACCCAUGCUGCAGGAUUUCACGCAGCAACCAUGCCCUUCAGAGGGUGUAGGGAUCUUUGAAGCCAAGUACAUGUUGAUUUUGGCCAGGAAUGUGGAGAGGUGCCCACUCUAUACUCGAGAGGAAGUGGAAGCGGGCCAAAUGUGUAUGCAUCAGCCCAUUCCGGGAGACUUCAACAAUGCAGAGGAGACGUCAGAAGAUGGCAAUGCGCUUAAAGGAAUUGGCUGGAACUGGACACUUUUUGUCUACUUCGUGGUUGUCAUUGUCAUCGCCUUCCCAAGCAUAUAUGUAUUUAGAAUUGUGGCAAGAUUCUGCAACAGUCCCUCUCCUGUUGCAAGUCAAGUCAAGUCAAGUCAAGUGCAGGAUUAUGGUGCUGAGGAGCUUCCUCAAGCCAACGAUGAGAAAGACGAAUGCGUCUUGCAGGAGCACCAGGAGGCUGCAGCUGAGCUUUUGGGGGACUUGACACUUGGACCUUUAAUGGGCAUUGGCAGUUACGCUCGCGUGUACAGAGCCUUCUGGAAGGGGAUGCCUGUUGCUGUCAAAGUGAUUUUGCAUGAAGCGGGUGGAGUAGAGGCCAAAAUUGAGCGUGAGGCUGUCCUCAGCACCAAGUUGCAGCAUCCAAACAUUGUUCAGGGGUACCACUUCACCACACGAGCAGCGAGCGGAUGCUGCAGACAGUCAGAGAUCGCUAUUGGAAGUGCAUUCAUCAACCCACUGUACGUGAAGGGCGGGGAGCCCACCUCAAGGAGCAUGACAUCUGUGGUGGAAUCAGGGUCCCCACAGACAUCCGUGGUAACGUCGUCAGUGCUGUUCUCUGACCAGGCUGCCACCAGGGAGGCUCCUGGCCUUGCACCCCAGCUGUACAGGGAGACAUGGCUGGUGCAGGAGCUUUGUGACAGAGGCACGCUCAUGGAGGGUCUGUCCUCUGGACUUUUCAGGAAAUUCAGGGAGUCGGCAGGGGCAGUGUACCUGGAGCAUGUCAUCCUUGCCUGCCUGGACAUUGCAAGGGCGAUGGAGUAUCUGCACAGCAACCACAUUGUGCAUGGUGACUUGAAGAGUGGGAACGUGCUGCUGCAGAGCAGUGCAAGUGAUCCCCGGGGCUAUGUUGUGAAGGUUGCUGACUUUGGGCUCAGUCGGCAGAUGGUGGCUGACAAGGCCCAUUUGACUACUUCUUUUUAUGGCACUGUCACACACAUGCCGCCUGAGGUGCUUAUGCAAGGGCAUCUGUCGCUGGCCACAGACAUCUACUCCUUUGGAAUGAUAAUGUGGGAAAUAAUGGCCGGUGAGCCUCCUUUCAGGAAUCUGGUGCAGAUGGAAGUGAUGAGGAAGGUGGUGCUGGAGCGACAGCGACCGGAGUUUCCAUCCUGGACACCCUCUGAGUAUAGGAGACUAACAGAGCGCUGCUGGUGUGAUGACCAUAACAAGAGGAUACCGUUCACGAACAUCUGCGAGUGCCUGUCGGCGAUGCUGCCAUCAAAGGCGCUGGCGCCCUCCCUGGAGAGGUGGUUGUCUACCAGCGGCAGCGCCAGUUUGCAGCAGCACCAAACACACGGCCACAAGUCAUCCACGGCCUCUGGCAGUGCCCUACAAACUGCUAGCUCCGGUGGGAUUCAGAGGGUCACUGGCGUGGGGCCCGUGAAUUUCUGGGUUGACGGUAGUUUCAGCACUUUGUCAGCAUCCUCGAUCGAGGACCAACGCGAGUGGACUCGAUAA